GAGGGGAAAGUUUGUUUAUUUUGUUUUUAGUUUCUGGGGUCCCCGUGCUUCUGCCAGGCAAAACGGGAGGGAGUGACCCCCGCGACCCUCAGUCCCCCUACGACGUCGCCUCCAUAGUCUGCGGAGAAGCGGGGACUGCCCGCCUCUCUUCACAGCGGAACGCCGCGUACUUGGAGCCGGCACGGCUCGGGGGGUUGUGGUUUUUUGCACUGAAUGUAACCUAGACUCAUCUUCACGGGCUUGUGUUGCCCCAGGUACUGUCAAAGGCAGUAUUUUUGUGUUUCUGCAGAGUUUUGCACAAAAUCUGUUCCCAUGCAAACCAAUGAGGGAGAAGUAUCGGAAGAAAGCAGUUCCAAGGUGGAACAGGAGGAUUUUGUAAUGGAAGGGCACGGCAAGACUCCACCUCCUGGUGAAGAAAGCAAACAAGAGAAGGAGCAAGAAAGGGAAGAACAGUUAAUGGAAGACAAGAAAAGGAAGAAAGAGGAUAAAAAGAAAAAAGAAGCCACUCAGAAGGUCACGGAACAAAAAACCAAAGUGCCCGAAGUGACGAAACCAAGUUUAAGCCAACCAACGGCCGCCAGCCCAAUUGGCAGCUCUCCAUCGCCACCAGUCAAUGGUGGCAACAAUGCCAAAAGGGUGGCAGUGCCGAACGGACAACCGCCAAGCGCCGCCCGCUACAUGCCUCGGGAGGUGCCGCCGCGAUUCCGUUGCCAGCAGGACCACAAAGUGUUACUAAAACGUGGGCAGCCCCCUCCACCAUCCUGCAUGCUCCUUGGGGGUGGGGCAGGGCCUCCUCCCUGCACAGCACCUGGAGCAAACCCAAACAACGCACAAGUGACAGGAGCGCUGCUGCAGAGUGAGAGUGGGACUGCGCCAGACUCAACCCUUGGAGGUGCUGCUGCUUCAAAUUAUGCAAAUUCCACUUGGGGCUCGGGAGCCUCCUCCAACAACGGCACCUCCCCCAACCCAAUUCACAUCUGGGACAAGGUGAUUGUAGACGGGUCUGACAUGGAAGAGUGGCCUUGUAUUGCCAGCAAAGACACUGAAUCUUCUUCCGAAAACACCACCGAUAACAACAGUGCCUCGAACCCUGGCUCUGAGAAGAGCACUCUGCCAGGAAGCACCACUAGUAACAAAGGAAAAGGGAGCCAGUGCCAGUCUGCAAGUUCUGGGAACGAAUGUAAUCUUGGGGUCUGGAAAUCUGACCCUAAGGCUAAAUCUGUUCAAUCUUCCAACUCAACUACAGAAAACAACAAUGGACUAGGAAAUUGGAGGAAUGUGAGUGGUCAGGAUAGAAUUGGACCUGGCUCUGGCUUCAGCAACUUUAACCCAAAUAGCAACCCAUCUGCCUGGCCAGCGCUGGUCCAAGAAGGAACUUCUAGGAAAGGGGCAUUGGAAACAGAGAAUAGUAAUUCCAGUGCACAGGUUAGCACAGUAGGUCAGACAUCCAGGGAACAGCAGUCAAAGAUGGAAAAUGCGGGUGUUAAUUUUGUUGUCUCUGGCAGAGAACAGGCUCAAAUUCAUAACACUGAUGGACCAAAAAAUGGAAACACUAACUCCUUGAACUUAAGUUCACCAAACCCCAUGGAGAAUAAGGGAAUGCCCUUUGGAAUGGGCUUGGGGAACACCUCCAGGAGCACUGAUGCCCCUUCACAAAGCACUGGAGAUCGAAAGACUGGGAGUGUUGGAUCUUGGGGUGCAGCUAGGGGGCCUUCUGGAACUGACACAGUCUCUGGACAAAGCAAUUCUGGAAACAAUGGGAACAAUGGAAAAGAGAGAGAGGACUCCUGGAAAGGAGCUUCUGUUCAGAAAUCAACUGGGUCAAAAAAUGACUCUUGGGACAACAAUAACAGGUCUACGGGUGGGUCCUGGAACUUUGGCCCCCAGGACUCUAAUGACAACAAAUGGGGUGAAGGGAACAAAAUGACAUCUGGGGUCUCUCAGGGAGAAUGGAAACAGCCGACUGGGUCUGAUGAGUUGAAAAUUGGAGAAUGGAGUGGUCCAAACCAACCAAAUUCUAGCACUGGAGCAUGGGACAAUCAAAAGGGCCACCCCCUCCCUGAAAACCAAGGCAAUGCCCAGGCUCCCUGUUGGGGAAGAUCUUCCAGCUCCACAGGAAGUGAAGUUGGAGGUCAAAGCACUGGAAGCAACCACAAAGCAGGAAGUAGCGACAGUCAUAACUCUGGCCGUCGGUCGUACAGGCCCACACAUCCUGAUUGUCAGGCUGUCUUGCAGACUCUUUUGAGCCGAACUGAUUUGGAUCCCAGGGUGCUCUCAAACACUGGCUGGGGCCAAACUCAAAUUAAGCAGGACACGGUGUGGGACAUUGAAGAGGUGCCAAGGCCUGAGGGGAAAUCUGACAAAGGAACUGAGGGGUGGGAGAGCGCUGCCACACAGACCAAGAACUCAGGGGGCUGGGGAGAUGCACCCAGCCAAAGCAAUCAAAUGAAGUCUGGAUGGGGGGAGCUCUCAGCCUCUACAGAGUGGAAAGACCCCAAGAACACAGGAGGCUGGAAUGACUACAAGAACAACAACUCUUCCAGCUGGGGAGGAGGACGACCUGAUGAAAAGACACCUUCCACUUGGAAUGAGAAUCCCAGCAAGGAUCAGGGGUGGGGAGGUGGACGCCAGCCCAAUCAAGGAUGGUCUUCUGGGAAGAAUGGUUGGGGAGAGGAAGUCGAUCAGACGAAAAGCAGCAGUUGGGAAAGUUCUGCAAGUAAACCUGUGUCUGGGUGGGGUGAAGGAGGGCAGAAUGAAAUUGGAACCUGGGGUAAUGGUGGCAAUGCAAGCCUAGCUUCAAAAGGUGGAUGGGAGGAUUGCAAAAGAUCCCCAGCAUGGAAUGAGACAGGCCGACAGCCCAAUUCCUGGAAUAAACAACACCAACAGCAGCAGCCCCCACAGCAGCCACCGCCACCACAACCAGAGGCUUCUGGUUCGUGGGGAGGCCCACCCCCACCACCUCCAGGCAACGUUCGACCUUCCAGUUCCAGCUGGAGCAGCGGGCCACAGCCUGCAACCCCUAAGGAUGAGGAACCCAGUGGUUGGGAAGAGCCAUCCCCACAGUCAAUUAGUCGGAAAAUGGACAUUGAUGAUGGCACUUCAGCAUGGGGAGACCCUAACAGUUAUAACUACAAGAAUGUGAAUCUGUGGGAUAAGAAUUCCCAAGGGGGCCCGGCACCUCGAGAACCAAACCUGCCCACCCCAAUGACCGGUAAAUCGGCAUCAGUCUGGAGCAAAAGCACACCACCUGCUCCAGAUAAUGGUACUUCCGCUUGGGGUGAGCCAAAUGAAAGCAGUCCUGGGUGGGGCGAGAUGGAUGAUACAGGAGCAUCGACUACAGGCUGGGGGAACACGCCCGCCAACGCUCCCAAUGCCAUGAAGCCUAAUUCCAAAUCUAUGCAAGACGGCUGGGGGGAGAGUGACGGGCCGGUCACAGGACCUCGUCAUCCCAGCUGGGAAGAGGAGGAGGAUGGAGGAGUCUGGAACACCGCUGGCUCUCAGGGCAGUGCUUCCUCCCACAGCUCAGCAAGCUGGGGACAAGGAGGAAAGAAACAAAUGAAGUGCUCCCUCAAAGGAGGAAACAAUGAUUCAUGGAUGAAUCCUCUUGCCAAACAGUUUUCAAAUAUGGGAUUGCUGAGUCAGACUGAAGAUAAUCCAAGCAGCAAAAUGGAUUUGUCUGUAGGAAGCCUUUCAGAUAAAAAAUUUGAUGUGGACAAGCGAGCGAUGAAUCUCGGGGAUUUUAAUGAUAUCAUGAGGAAGGAUCGAUCUGGGUUCCGUCCACCUAAUUCCAAAGACGUGGGAACCACAGAUAGUGGGCCUUAUUUUGAGAAGCUGACUUUGCCUUUCUCCAAUCAAGAUGGGUGCCUUGGGGAUGAGGCUCCCUGCUCUCCCUUCUCCCCUUCUCCCAGCUACAAGCUGUCUCCCUCUGGUUCCACACUACCCAACGUCAGCCUUGGAGCAAUCGGCACAGGGCUCAACCCCCAAAACUUCGCUGCUAGACAAGGCGGUAGUCAUGGUUUGUUUGGAAACAGCACAGCACAAUCGAGAGGUCUGCACACACCAGUGCAGCCACUAAAUUCUUCUCCCAGUCUCCGGGCGCAAGUGCCUCCCCAGUUUAUUUCCCCCCAGGUUUCUGCCUCAAUGCUCAAGCAGUUUCCCAACAGUGGCCUGAGUCCAGGUCUUUUCAAUGUGGGGCCCCAGUUAUCUCCUCAACAAAUUGCCAUGCUGAGCCAGCUUCCACAAAUUCCCCAGUUUCAGUUGGCAUGUCAGCUUCUCUUGCAGCAGCAGCAACAGCAGCAGUUGUUACAGAACCAGAGAAAGAUUUCUCAAGCUGUACGCCAACAGCAAGAGCAGCAGCUGGCUCGAAUGGUGAGUGCACUGCAGCAGCAGCAGCAGCAGAGGCAGCCGGGCAUGAAGCACUCGCCCUCUCAUCCUGCUGCUGGACCCAAGCCGCAUCUGGACAACAUGGUACCCAACGCGUUGAAUGUGGGGCUCCCAGACCUUCAAACCAAAGGGCCAAUACCUGGAUAUGGUUCUGGCUUCAGCUCUGGCGGCAUGGACUAUGGCAUGGUUGGUGGGAAGGAGGCUGGAACUGAGUCUCGCUUUAAACAGUGGACCUCCAUGAUGGAGGGGCUGCCCUCUGUGGCCACACAGGAAGCCAAUAUGCACAAAAAUGGCGCUAUAGUGGCCCCUGGUAAGACCCGGGGAGGGUCACCGUACAACCAGUUUGAUAUCAUCCCUGGUGACACACUGGGUGGCCAUACGGGUCCUGCUGGUGAUAGCUGGUUACCUGCCAAAUCUCCACCAACAAAUAAAAUCGGAAGUAAAUCCAGCAAUGCCAGCUGGCCUCCAGAAUUCCAACCAGGAGUGCCAUGGAAAGGUAUCCAAAACAUUGACCCUGAAUCUGACCCCUAUGUCACCCCAGGAAGUGUGCUGGGGGGUACAGCCACAUCUCCCAUUGUAGAUACUGACCACCAACUGCUGCGGGAUAACACCACAGGGUCUAAUUCUUCCCUCAACACCUCGCUGCCUUCACCUGGUGCCUGGCCCUACAGUGCCUCUGACAACUCCUUUACCAACGUUCAUAGCACUUCAGCAAAGUUCCCUGAUUACAAAUCAACAUGGUCCCCAGAUCCCAUAGGACACAACCCCACUCAUCUCUCCAACAAGAUGUGGAAAAACCAUAUUUCCUCCAGGAACACUACACCGCUGCCCCGCCCACCUCCUGGUCUGACCAACCCCAAACCAUCAUCUCCCUGGAGCAGCACAGCACCCCGAUCAGUCAGGGGGUGGGGGACACAGGACUCACGGCUCGCCUCGGCCUCUACCUGGAGUGAUGGUGGCUCAGUUCGUCCUAGUUACUGGCUGGUUCUUCACAAUCUCACUCCACAGAUUGACGGGUCAACCUUGAGAACGAUCUGCAUGCAGCAUGGCCCACUGCUGACAUUCCAUCUGAAUCUAACCCAGGGCACUGCCCUGAUCCGAUACAGCACCAAACAGGAGGCGGCCAAGGCCCAAACUGCACUGCACAUGUGUGUGUUGGGAAACACUACCAUCCUUGCUGAGUUUGCCACUGAUGAUGAAGUCAGCCGCUUUCUGGCGCAAGCUCAGCCCCCUACACCUGCAGCAACCCCGAGUGCACCAGCCGCGGGGUGGCAGUCGCUGGAGACCGGCCAGAACCAGUCAGAUCCCGUGGGACCUGCUCUGAAUCUUUUCGGUGGGUCCACUGGGCUCGGGCAGUGGAGCAGCAGCGCUGGUGGCAGCAGCGGGGCCGAUCUUGCUGGCGCUUCGUUGUGGGGGCCCCCAAACUAUUCUUCUAGCUUAUGGGGAGUCCCAACGGUGGAAGAUCCCCAUAGGAUGGGCAGCCCUGCUCCUUUACUACCUGGUGACCUUCUGGGAGGAGGGUCGGAUUCAAUCUGAACUUAGAACUUUCAACUCUGACCUCGUGACCUUUUUUGGAACAGCAGCAGCACUAACUUGACCUUUUCGUUUUUUUUUUCAACUUGCAAUAAAUACAUUUUUAAAAGGAAAAAAGAAAACGGAGAGAAAAAAAGGUGGGUCAUUGACAGACUGUCUGAGCACAUAGUUGCCUCCCUUAUAACUUCAGUUUUUUCGUUUGGAAUAUGAAUCCAAAAAGAGAACAUAUCACUCUUGAAAUACUUGAAUCAUGAACGCCAACCUAGAAAGACAAUGUGAAGCAAGUACACAUACCAUUUAAAUUUAAACACAAAAACAUUAAAAAAAUUAGUUUCUAGUUUUUCACUUUUUUCAUGUUAUAUGGAAGUUGUUGCUAAGAAACAUAUAUACUGAAAAAAAAAUAGCUUUUUAACUUUGUUUGCACUGGGUGUGUUUCCGUCCUUAGGUCUACCAUGUUUGGGAGGGAGGGAAAUUCAAAAGAAUUGUUGGGGGAGGGGGGAGGGAAGACUUGACGGAGCCUCACUUUAAAAACAAAAACACAAAAACCUAAAAAAAAAAAAAAGGAAAAAAUUUGUGAUUGGCUGGUUGAUAAAUACCAGUGUGUUCUGGCACAUGUAACUGCCCAGGCAUGCUCGUUCUGGUGUGUGUGUGCACGUGUGUUCAUGUGCAUUCGCGUGCAUCCUUCUCUGUCUCUGUGUGUGUGCCUGUGUUCUUCCCUUCUCUCCCUGCCCCACCCUGACUUCUCAGAAAGCUGCAUCGCUGACAGUCUGCAGGCUGGCUGGCCGGCCAUCUGCUUUUUAUUUUAUUUUUUUAACUCUGAGAACACACAGUCCCAGAGAGCCACUGCUACUAAAGCAACUCCAUUGGGCUGCAUUAAGAUGAACAGAGUGCUUUUUAAUGAUGAAAGCAGGGAGCUCCUUUCCAUUUGCAGCUUAGCCUGAAUGUGGGGUUUCUCUGGCUGUUCUUUUGACCUAGCAGUAGAGUGGAGCACUGCCAAGUCCAAAAAACUAGAGCAGGAGGUACCUCUUGGAGCAGCUGUGUGUUUAUUUCUGUUUUUUUUUCAAAGUGAAUGGCCAGCAGGCACAUCUGAGUAUCUGUUAAGUUUCAUGCAGGCCUUUUUGUUAGUUUGAAAUGGGAACGGAAGAUAGCUUUUGAUGAUGCGAUGUCUCAAAAACAGAAAAACUUUGUUCCCUCUUUCCUUAUGAUCAGGUUUGAGAAAUUCUUAAAAAAAUUAGGUGAAGUUGAGUUACAUAUUUCUAUUGGUUGGUCCUCUGUUUUUUAUGAAAACAGAAAAGAAUAAGUGGUGAGCAGCCUCCUGAAAGCAUCUGCAGCUACUCCCUCUGCUCCUCUCUCGCCGAGCGUUACCUGUGCCAGGCCGCGGCGCGUUACAGCACCAGGCCAUCACUGACAGAAACGUUUACUUAACGAAUGUUCUUAAACCAGUGUGUACUUCAAGCGUUUCCUUUCGUUUCUCUGUGUUGUGUAUUUCCUGUGUAUGUGGUUUUGCUUAGGCAGGUAUAACUUAGCAAAGACUUUUAAGUAUUGCACCUUUUUUUGGUUUUGACCUCUUCCCCCACCUUGUAAUUUCGCUUUUUUUAUUUCGGUAUUUAAAUACUUUUUUUUUUUUUAAGCAUCAAUGUAGUAGUACUCUGGGCCGAACAGGGGGCAACGUUUAAUCUACAGUUAUCACCAACAUGUAUGUACUUAUGUUGGAAUCAAAAUGUAUCAAACUGCUUAUUGUGAAGAGAAUUAUAGACCUGAAGGGGGGGAAAAACCAGAUAGGGUGGGGGGGGAUGGAUGCCGGUGACGUGCUAGCACUUGUGUGGACAUCCCAGUCUGCAUUAUACUGUUUAACAUAAAGUGCCGACAUUUUGUACCAGCAAAUACCUGCCCAUUCCAACCCUUGGUGGGAGCAGACCUCUACUGUCCUCUGUAACUUGCUGCUAUUGAGGACAAGGGAGUUUUUCUUUCUUUAGCAUCUUCAGUGAAGGAUACAAUACAACAAUGCCUAAUGUAUUUGACUUUUAGCUUGUGUCUGUGUGUAGGUGGGUGGGUGGGUGUGUAUAGGAAAAGCCUAAAACAAGUUAUUUGCAUUUCAGUGGUUUUGUGAGACAAAGAAUGGGAAAUUCUGUAGCCCUUCUGGCUUACCCUGUUGACUAUGAACCUAGCCUCAAAAGAGAUUGACAGGCAUGACUCAAGUGAGUGUUCACGUGUACAAGCCUGCAUGAGCCAGCCCUCUGUGGGUAGGUGGUCACACUUGGCGUCUGCAGCAUUGACCUGGCCCCGCUGGGUGCCUUGAGCAUGCCCUCUUCCUGCUCUCCAAUUUGAAUCACCACCGUGCCCCUUCCACCGCUGUUCCCCAUACAAAAGCUGUCCUUCCAGCAGCCCCACUGACUGCUCUCUGUGUGGAGCAAAGUGCUGUCGUGCGGUGACCACCAGGUGAAGAGCAGCUUAUAUUCAGACAUCUAGAGAAGGCUAAAUCUUAGCGUCCCUGGACCAGGAGCAUAUCCCAAGGCUCCUGUGAGCCAGUGGUGACCCUGUCCACUGCCGCUCUUGGUUCACUGCUGUGUCCUGCCCCACCCUCCUCUCCUCCUGCCUGUUGGUUCCUUGACCUGCACUAUGGGUUAGUUGAGUUCCUUAUGAUACUACGGUGAAAGCCGGGUGCUAGAGCCCCUCUUGUUUACAAGACAUAAUGAGGGAUUUGAAAUAUGUAAAAAUAAACAUGAGAAGCUAAAAUGUUCUUCCAUCAUAAGCUUAAAGGGAAAAAAAACUAAAAACUUUAAAAAAAAAAAAAGACCAAAAAGUGCGUAUAUAUAUACAUAUAAAUAUAUAUUUUAGAUGAAGACUAACUCUGGGAGCAUUUAACAGUGUUUUUUGUUUCUGUUUUUAACAUUUGUUUUCCUGCUUUAAAAUUUGCAAGCAUUCUCAGGAAUUCUAGGGUAGGAAGCCAGUUUUUUGAAGAUGGUUUAUUUAACCGUAUCUUAUCCUAGAGAGAUGGCUGUUUCUUUCCUGUUAAUAAACUUUUACAAGUUCCUGAAACUUCAGAAAGUUUAAAAAAUUUUUACUUUAAAAAAAUGUAAAAAGAAAAGUCUCCAAACAUUAUUGUCAUACUGGGGAUCAUACAUUUUAAAACACAUAGAAAUAUUUUUUAAAAAUUAUCAAUUUAGCAGCAACAGGUAAAUUCAUUAUCUUAAAAAUAUUGGGAGAAGGAUUAAGCUUUGUAAGAGCUCGAUCAUGGAUUCUUUUGAAAUUGUGUGUAUUUUAAUGGGAGAGUGUUUGGUGUAUAUAGAUGAGAAUGCCAUCACUUUGUUCCUUUCCAUUUGAGACUGAACUGAAAUCUCCCCUAGUAAUUUUUAUUUUUUUAAAGGAGCCCUUCUCCCUGUCCCCACAACCCCAGCAACAAAAGAAAGGAAGGAAGGAAGAAACAACAGCUUAAAAAAAAAAAAGUAACUCUAAUCUGUAAAAUAGUACAGUUGGAUUGCUGAGAAUCUAUGUAAAGAGUUAGGAAAUAUAGGUUAAUAAUUUUUGGAACAAAUUUUAAAUAUAGGCACUACUAGAGGAAAAUUAUCUAUGGACUGUCCUAUUAAUGAAGAAUGUCUGUCUUACCUCCGUUUGUUUUGGGAGGCGGAGAAAAUAUAGAAGAAUCUAAUAAGGAACAAGUGAUUUUACUUUUUUAGCUCCCAGCUACUGUUGUGCUCGUUUUAAUUGCUGUUUUGAAGAUCUGCUGCUUAAUUAUCCCCAUCCCUUAGCCGGAGAUGUGGAGUGUUUCCUUUCAGUUUUUGGUGAUGUUGAAUUCUUUUGUAUUCCCUCCUGGGGCCAGGGGUCAGAAUUCCCAAGCAUGACCACAGCUUCUUUUAAACAUUAAGCUUCUUUUAAACAUUAAGCUUCCCAGUGGGAAAGAAACUCCAGCUCAACAGGUAAAGGGAGUGGGUGGGGUUGCUGCCUGCAAUUUCUCUAAAACCGCUUUAGUGCCUUCGUACAUACACCCAGACAUCCUGAGCAAGGGGGACGCACACGUGUAUGCGUGUGGUCUGGUCACUCCACAGAUGUAAGAUACUCGCCCAUAAAGGAAAUUGGAGUGGUUCUGGACAGGCCCCAAAGGCAGUGGGCUAAAUUUAAAAUAAACGUCAAGCAAGUUAAUAUGCUUAUGUCUCAAUAACGUAGAAUGCCAAGUUCCUCCCUGUGUCGUGUGCCCUCCGUUACUGUGCAUUGACUCCUCCAGGUGUGUAAUUGUGACAACUGCCGUGAUUUGGAAAGUCUCUUUGUGCUGGGCCAAUAGAAAGGGGUUCCUGUUGUUUUGCUCUUGUCCUUUGUCUCCUCCCCUUUUCCCCCAGACCUCCCCCUUCUUCUUGUCAACUUGCUGGGAGCUUUGCUUUAUUGGUUGGCAGUGACCUAAGAACAGGAUAUGGUGAGGAUGUCAUGGAAGAGAAGAGCUCUUUCCGUGGUAUUCUUGGGCAAGAGCCAUGUCUACUAAGAGGUUAGGUGACUUCAAUAUACUUCUAAAAAUCAGUGAGAGUGCCUUCUCUUCCACCACACUCUGGCAUAGAUACAGGCUUGCUGGUCACCUCUCGUUUAUUUUAAAAACAUUUUGAUUACGUUAAUUUGAGCUUUCCCUUUUUUUUUUUUUUUUUUUACUAGUUACUUCUUUUUAAAACACUUGAUUAUUAGUGGCUUAGAGGUGUGUACAUCUCUUGAACAUCACAAACUUGGUUUCUGCCUACCACAUGAGUAGCCAAAA